ACCAUGACGUCACCCGUCACGAGGAUUUCAACAUCAGUAAAUUCAAGAUGGCUUCCAGUCUUGCAACCUAAUCAUUGGAUCACGGAGCUACAUUCUCUAUAUUUUAUCGUCUAAACGAGGAAACAAAGUAGAAUUUUCGAGUAUUUUAUGUUCUAUCGAUAAUGGCAGCGGCGAGUCGGCAAAAUCAGUUUAAAGUUGUAUUGCUAGGGGAAGGAUGUGUUGGAAAAACAUCGCUUAUGCUGAGAUAUGUUCAGGAUAAAUUUAACGACAAGCAUCUUACGACAUUACAGGCAUCAUUUCUGAACAAAAGACUAAAUAUCAACGGACAACGAGUCAAUCUUGCUAUUUGGGAUACAGCAGGGCAAGAGAGAUUCCAUGCUCUAGGGCCAAUAUACUACAGGGAUAGUAAUGGUGCAAUACUUGUUUAUGAUAUUACUGAUGAAGAUUCAUUUCUUAAGGUUAAAAAUUGGGUGAGGGAGUUGAAGAAAAUGCUAGGGGAUGAUAUCUGCCUGUGUAUAGCAGGUAACAAAAUUGAUUUAGAGAAAGACAGACACGUUGAAGCUUCUGAUGCUGAGGCUUAUGCUAAAACUGUUGGUGCCAAGCACUUCCACACAUCAGCAAAACUGAAUAAAGGGAUAGAGGAAAUGUUCUUCGAAUUAACAAAAAGAAUGGUAGACCAACAAGAAAAAGCCACCACGAAAACCAACACCAAUUCUCUUGAAAGAGGAACAUCCAGAAGAAAAAAUGUAGUAAUCGUUGACGAGCAGCCGUCAAAACAAAAAAGUGGAGGGUGUUGUGGCGGGAGCUCUUAGACGAAAAAUGAGAACUAAUCGCAGUUUUGUAACAAAAUAUAAUGGGCAUUAUAUAAGCUCCAUAUUGGCUAUAUACAGGUCCCAUAAGACCUGCCUAUAUUAGCCCAAUAUUGGUCUGCCACACAAAGUCUAGCAUAGGCUUUUUCAAAUGAGUCCCUUGUUGUAAGGUUUAUUAGAGAUAAUGAAUGAGAUAAUUAGCUCAUGAACCUUUGACAAUUGUGCAUCAGUGACAAAAUGAAAGCUAAGAAAUGCAUCCAGGUAACCAAAGGAGACUAAUUUUCCAAGGUGACGAUGGGGAAAAGGGCCAGUGGAAAAUAAAAUUAGAUUUAGAACUGUAGAUAGAAAAGAAGAUGGUCUAGGCAGCAUCACUUAGUACUAUGCAAAACACAUUCUCAGGAAAAGUUUGUUGUAUUACUUGGUCCAUAUUUUGUUUCUGUUUUCACCUUUUUCUCUGAAAUAAAGAACAUGCUAUAAAAAAACAAACUGAAUAUAUUAAAGAAUGUUGGCCAGAAA